UAUUGGUCACUUAAUUACACAAAAUUGCUUCAAAAAUCAUGUUUAUGGAAUUUAAUAUUCGCCCUUUUGGUGACAUUGGUGCGCAAUGUUGGUACCCGAACGUCAGUGGACGGGGGGCGCGUGAAUUUUUUGUUUAAUGUGUUAAAAUGCUGUGAUUAAAUCAAAGUUCUUCAUCUAAAUUGCUUCAAUUAUGGAUACACAGAGGAUAUUGUCGUCUGCGGACGUCGACAUGGACAGAUCUCCAGUUUGUAAAAAGGCCCGGUACGACGUGCCCUUAUCUGACACAAACCGGUGGACUUUAAGCAAAAACGAGCUCAUUUUGCACUCCGUUUACGACUCGGGAGUGGAGCGACUAGUCAGCGAUUCGGAAUUUGCUCUUGAAAAAGAACUGAAACGUCACAAUGUCAUGUCGGGGGCUGCUGGCGAUACCCCUACGACUAAAGUCGAGCAAAUUGCGAUUUUGGAAGCCUCCCUGCCCGAGAACACGCUCCAGAAGCUCUCCAUGGGGGAGUUGGACGAUAUUGUGGUGCAGGAGGAGAAAAAGUCUUGUAAUAGUAGGAACAUAAAUUAUUUCGAUUUUUUGUCGGACGAAGUGAUCUUACAUAUAUUCCAAAAAUUAUCCAAAACUCAACUAGGCAAUGUAGCUCUGGUGUGUAGAAGGUUUAGUCAAUUGGUGGAGGAUGAGAGCUUGUGGACACGAAUGGACAUUUCCAACAGGUCGCUGGAUAAGGGGGCCAUGGGCAUUAUUUUGAGCAGACAAGUGAUUAUUUUACGAAUGUCCAAAACAAGAGUUCAGGACCCUCCUAUUUUGCCAAAUGUUAAGGCAUCUCUGCCCGAUUAUCGUUGCCGCUUGAUGUAUUUAGAUCUCACAAUGGCCUCAGUAUCACCCUCAAGCCUCGUAACAAUUUUUAACCAAUGUAGAAGACUGAAAAAACUAAGCUUAGAAAGUGUUCCAAUUGAUGAUAAUGUUCUUGUGGCCCUUUCGGCCAAUAGAGAACUUGAGGUUCUUAACUUGGCCAUGGCCUCAGGGAUUGGUGUUGAGGGGUUGAGAUAUUUAUUAACAAAUUGUAGAAAAAUACGCGAGCUAAACCUGUCUUGGACCUACUUAAAUGCGGUUAGUAUUGACCUGGUGUGCGAGAAUUUGCCUCCAACUUUGGACCGAUUCAAUUUCUCAGGAUGUAGGAAAUUAUUAGAUGACCAAAAUGUGGUUCAGAUCGUUACAAAUUGUCCCAAUUUACGCGAACUGGACUUAUCAGACUGUACGUCAAUAACAGGCGAUGCCGUGAAGAAAUUAACUGUGUUAGAUGAAUUAAAUUUCUUGUCGUUAUCGCGAUGUUACCUCAUCCCUUACCGCUCGCUCCUCGUUUUGAAGAAAAUGAAAAGUUUGACGUAUUUAGAUGUCCAUGGCAGUUACAUAAACGAAGAAGAGUUUAAAGUCAUCAAGAACGGUUUAGGAGCCAACGUCAAUAUAAAUAAAUUCAAGUUUAGCUCGAUCGCGAGACCGGCAGUCGGAGUGAAAAAAUCAAAAAUUUGGAACAUGAGGAUUAAAGAUUAGUGUCUUUUUAUUUAUACAGCGCAUUGUGAUGUAAUUUUUAAGUUUGCCUAACUUUUGUGGGAUCAAUAAGUGCCUUUUUGAGGAUAACAUUAAUUUAACUGUAUUUUUACUGGAGUUACAAUAAAAAAUAAAGCAAAA